AUGCAAGCCUGUGAUCGUUGCCGUAGACGGAAAUCCAAAUGUGACAGGCUAAAGCCAACAUGUCGCUUAUGCAGCAAGACUGGUGCUACCUGCGUGUAUACUGACAGAACUAAGGAGCCAACUGUCCGACGCGAUAUCGUUGAGAAACUGGAAGUUCGUUUGCUCCAGGCGCAGCAAGAGAACCGAGAGUUGAAGGGGAGAUUGGAGGCACUCAACUCUAACGUCAGCAAUGCCAAUACCCCCUCAACUGCAAAUGAGAGACGAAAUGAAGUUUCCGAUGAGGUAUCGUUUCUUUCCCUCAAUGCCGGAGGUGAACGACAGUAUCUCGGAUCUACAAGCGGGUUGCUUCUCGCAGAUUUACUCAAGUCCACUAUUGAGGCCGAUAAGUCCUCCAGUGGAACACUGAGAGCCCAGAAUCUGAGGCCCGUACCAGUGUCCGCUAAAUUGCCUACAUCCGUACAAGGCUCGACCUUGAUUAACGAAGGAUCGUCAUCUCCACCAGAGAGCUUGGCUCGCGACCUUCAUGACGCUUUUUUUAAACAUGACCAUAUAUGCUAUCCGAUUCUCUCCGAGGAAUUGGCGAUGGCUAACCUCAGUCAGGUCUAUGCGGAUCAAUCUUUAUUAGAAAGAAAGCCAUUCGAGUCUUUCAUUUUUUAUAUGAUUCUGGCGAUUUCCACCUCACAUGUUCAAAAGCUUCAUUGGCAGUCCCUACCGGAAGCGAAGAUAUACCAAGCCAAAGCUAUGUCAAGACUGAGCAACAUCCUAUCUCUUGGGGGCCUAGAGGCUCUUCAAGCGAUUCUACUUCUUUGCCAGUACUGGUUAACAAGCUCCACGCAAGAAACAUCUGCGAGUUUGUGGCAUAUGGUUGGAGUUGCAGCACGAAUGUGUUUUGAGAUGGGUCUUCAUCGAGAAAAAUCUUAUGAAUAUCAAGAAAAUCUCGAUGUUGCACAACAAUCGAUCCCUAUAAUUCGUCGAAGGUGUUUUUGGUGCCUCCUAGCUAUGGACCGUGUGGUUAGUAUUACGCUAGGUCGGCCGCUUGCCAUCCAUCUAGAAGAUGUACAUCUGGCUCUUCCUGGAUGCGACGCUGCGCAAUUUCCGACUCUCACAGAACAAAAUGCCUUGAUCUCGAGCGAGCAUCGACAACGGAUAGCAGCGUUUGUGCACAUAACUCGAUACCGAAUUAUUUGUGGCAAGAUCAUGACAUCCUUGCACCAAGGCCGCCAUGAUCAUAAUGAAACAUUGGCACUGAGCAGACAGGCGGAUCUAUUCAAUGAGCUGGGGCGAUGGAGACUUCAAACGGGCUCAUUGAACCUCAAUCCCUGUGCUGGGAUGUCCACUAUAUCUUGGUCUUCCAGCUUUCUGACCCCAGAGUGGUACGAGCUGCUGUAUCAUAAUGCUCUUCUCAUGUUAUAUCGACCAUCUCCAGCUCUUCCGUUGGACUCGUCUCGAGCAAGCGUUGUGUUACCGAUCAUAUAUGAUUCUGCGAAGCAGUUGAUUGGUUUCUAUGCACACCUUCAUGGACUUUCGAGGAUGAACUAUACCUGGAUUACAUUGCAUAGUGUCUUCAUGGCAGGUCUUUCGUUCCUCUAUGCCACUGGACGACACUUUCGCUCCAGGAAGAAUCAGCGUCAAGGCUAUGACUUACCGAGUCUGGGAUCAGAUCCGCCGAUUCUAGAAAUCGUCAAUAUCCUACGUUCAUGCUCCAAUGUCCUGGUGGCGGUUUCAGAACGUGGGAAUAUACGUCGCCAAUGCCAUCACGUUUUCGAUCAAUUAGGUGAUGCCGUAUUAAAGGAUGCAGUUGAUUACCACACUUCACAUGAAAUGACAGCUGGUCCACAACAAAUUUCACCCUCCUCUCCUCCCCGCCCUUUCUUGAACCACAAUAUCGCAUAUUCAGCAAUACAGACCCCGAAUUAUACAACAGACAAUGCUCCAAGCACUUCUGGUGACUGGUCUCUACAUAAUACAGGGGCAUCCUCUCUUCUUGCCGUCGAUGAUGCUUUUCGGGGUUGUUUCGAGGAUUUACAAUAUUUUCAUGAGUCCGCAUUUGGUGAAGAUCCUAUAGGUCAGCUGUUGCAGGAUUGGCAGGGACAGAUAGAUGGCAUGCCAGAACAUUGA